AUGGACUCUUGCGAGCUUGCGGGAGCUGCGGCUGCGGAGCGUCUUAGUUCAGCUCUGUCGACUCUAAGGGAGGCAUCUAUCAGGUUAUAUAUCUCCGCCAGAAAGAAGUGCAUGCCCUACUUAGGAGUCGAGGCUAGACGCGAUGAAGGAACGAGCGCAGGCUCACUGUACUCGUUUACUGCUGGUCCGGCAUAUAAAGAACAGAGUCACAGCGAUUUCAUGCUUGGAGCCGACCGAGGAGGGCUCAUUGUUGUGUUCCGACGAGCAGAUGCAAGCUCGUAUUCGGCUCCUUCCCCUUUGGGCAGCUACGUAGGAAGUCUAAGGCCUUGGAUACCUCGCGUUGAAUUGUCAAUAAGUCGUUGA